CACACUAUAUAUUUAAGAGCUCGCCUCACUACUCAACACCGCGCAGCUAAACUUUGUUGGAGAAACCCUAAUCGGCGACAAUGGGUAUUUCUCGUGACUCAAUCCACAAGAGGCGUGCCACUGGAGGCAAGCAAAAGCAAUGGAGGAAGAAGCGAAAGUACGAGAUGGGAAGGCAGCCAGCCAACACCAAGCUCUCAAGCAACAAGACGGUCAGAAGAAUCCGAGUUCGUGGUGGAAAUGUUAAGUGGCGUGCGUUGAGACUCGAUACCGGUAACUACGCUUGGGGAAGUGAAGCUGUCACCCGCAAGACCAGGGUUCUUGACGUCGUCUACAAUGCCUCCAACAAUGAGCUUGUCCGUACUAAAACACUUGUGAAGAGUGCUAUCGUUCAGGUUGAUGCUGCUCCAUUCAAGCAAUGGUAUCUCCAGCACUACGGUGUUGAGGUUGGUCGCAAGAAGAAGACUGCUGUCACUACCACCAAGAAGGAUGGAGAGGAUGGUGAUGAGGCAGCACCAGCUGUUGCUGAGGAGACCAAGAAGAGCAACCACGUCCAGAGAAAGAUUGAGAGCCGUCAAGAGACUCGCACCCUUGAUUCACACAUUGAGGACCAAUUCGCAAGUGGACGUUUGUUGGCUUGUAUCUCAUCUAGGCCCGGCCAGUGUGGUCGUGCUGAUGGAUACAUCUUGGAAGGUAAAGAGUUGGAGUUCUACAUGAAGAAGAUCCAGAAGAAGAAGGGCAAGGGUGCUGCUUAGAGUCUCUUCUUAUCUGCCUUGAGCUUUUGUCUUACAACAUGUUUUGAUUUUUCAGUUUCAAUUGUCUGAGAAACUAUGUUUUUGGAUUAGCUUGUCGUGGUAUUUUCCUAAAACUCUUCAUCAGUUAUUAUGGUACAAUUACAAUGGUUUUGUCUCUGAUC